CCAUUAUCAUUCGCCAUUACUUUUCUGGAGUUAGCGUAAAUUGGUCGUUGCUUUGUCUGUGAGCUUCACGUGCAUAAUCAGUGACAGUAAUUUUGUGCGUCGCAUCGCAGUGAUUUAUUGAAACAAAGAGCCACUCAGUUCAAUCGUAUGUCCAUCCAGAAUCUCAACACAUUUGAUCCAUUCGCCGAUGCUAUCAAAAGCUCGGAAGACGACGUACAAGAUGGACUAGUCCACGUCCGGAUCCAGCAGCGGAACGGGCGCAAGACGCUGACCACGGUUCAGGGCCUGUCGUCGGAAUAUGACCUGAAGAAGAUCGUGCGGGCAUGCAAGAAGGAGUUUGCCUGCAACGGCACGGUGGUGGAACACUCGGAGUACGGAGAGGUGUUGCAGCUGCAGGGCGACCAGCGGGAGAACAUUUGCCAGUGGCUCACCAAGUCCGGGCUGGUGAAGCCCGAGCAGCUCAAGGUGCACGGGUUCUAAGCCCCCGCCGUUAGCGCCUAACAUGUUCAUAACCAUCGUGGAAUCAUAAUAGUUAAAUAAUAAUGAGAACGUGCGUGUAACCUAUCGAAUAUGUAUUUAGAAAGCACUGAUGUUUACAGAGAAAAUCUGGUUCUGAGGCCCCGAGCCUCCCGCGCCCCGUGCCUUGCGAAUCCAAUCCUUGUUGUAUGUAAUAUAAAUAAAUAAAACUUGCUAAUAUAAGCGACGCCGUCUCCCGACCGUAAGUCUCAAGAUUUAGUUGAAAUUUCGCCGAACUUAAUAGUUAAUCAUUAUUGUUUUUUUACUACAUUGUAAUUUUAAAUUGCUGCAAUUAUUACAUGAUGUGUCUGAAUAAAAACAUGUUUUUCUA